GUUACAUCUUGAUCUUGCUACUACCACGAUCCCUCGCCGUCGCCCUUUGAAUCUUGUGCUUAUUAUCGCCUCAUCCAGCCUGCAUAUUCUGUCUCUACCGCUCGCCUUUGCCUUUCCUACGCUACUUCACAUCCCAUCUUCUCAAGGAUGCUCGUCCGAGCAGCAGGUCGCAGGACGCGGCGAAACACGUCUGUCCACCUCACCCAGCUCGCCGACUCUCUAUAUCUACCCUUUCUUUGUCCUGCUCAGCUACGAUGGAACUCGACACACUCACAACAACACCCGCAAUCACGAACGCCCACACGCCUGCAAACCUUACAAAGCGACAAGACACAGACGAGACGCCUAGCCACAGUUGCCGAUCAACAGUCUGCCAGCCCCGAGUCGCCACGAUGGACCCUCGGCGGUGUCGAGUACUCGCUGAAUCCCAAGGACACUUUGAUGUUACAGCACGGUACCGAAGAGAAUUAUCAAACCAGAUACAAGCAAGGCAUGGCUGGCAACACGAACGACCUAGUCCAGAAUUUACAUACCUGUCUUCGAGUGGAGAGGUUGGAAAGAGCACGAAUGGUCAUCGAAAGGCUACGGGAACGAUGCAGCAAGGACUCGUUUGAGAUGCAACAUAGCCACAACGCAUACCUUUCGGCUGGCCUGAGGCAGCUUGAGAACACCCACGAUCAGUCCGAAAAGGUCGAGGCCUACGAAAGCAUCCGGGAUUGGUUCGAGAACGACCUUGUUCAAGAGGGCUUCCCGCUUGACGCGCAGAUGCUUGUCACCAUGGUCCGCGCUGCGCUGAACACACUGCAAGGUGUCAAGCUAGAACGCGCUGUUCGCCGCUACUCGGAACUUGCAGAUGCUUCAGGACCUGGCAUGCUCGACAAAGUUUGUGAUUCCGACGACUUCACCGACGACGAGUUCACCACGCUCGCUUCGUUGAUUCCUACAAUCAAGUUGAGGAUUGCCGAGCAAGCAGACCAGACGACCGAGUCGAACGAACAAACGCUCGAUCCAAGUACCACAACUCUGCCAGCACUCAUCGACAUUCCCGAAGUGCUCGAAGUUUCGCAGAAGGGCAUGGGUUUGUCCUCAUUGAAACGAUCCCUCAGGGACUCAAGCCCCGCCCUCCUAUCAGCAACGACUCCUGAAGCCAUGGAGAGAGCCAGUUUGACACCGGAGGAUCGCCAGCGUCUACUCGAGGAGAGCGCCAGUGUAGCUGCCAUCGCGCGCUGGAGGUCCGAUGAGGAGCAUCUGCAAAAGCUUGGUAUUCACACAACCCUGGAAGCGAAGCCACUUGGCGCCUUGAUGUGGCAAUGGUAUUCAGACUUGCUGCCUAUAUUACGUGCAGAGGUCGACGCUUGUCGCGCAGCCAUGGAAGCGCCCACCAAAAUCCCAACCCAUAGCGAUCAGCUCAUCUACGGUCCUUUCAUCGAGGCAGUCCCUAUCGAGCAACUUGCUGCGACCACUAUUCUCACCGUAAUGUCUGCAUUCGCUGGCGGAAAGGAAAAUAAAACAGGCGCAUAUAGCAGCAAUCAGAGACUAGGCCGUCUGACAGCCACACUUGGAAGAACAAUGCAAGACGAGGCCAACGCUGAGGCUGCAAAGAAGCGUGCUAUUGCCGAGCGCAAGGCAAAGCUCGGCCGUACAUCGAAGAAGGCGAAGCCAUCACACCCAAGCUUCGACACGGAAAUGCACGUCUGGCCCAGUGAUGUCCGUGUCAAACUGGGUUCUAUACUCGUGUCGAAACUCAUUGAUACCGCCAAGAUCGCAGUCACAAGAUCACAUCCUAGAACGAAAGAGAUGGUUACUCAGCUUCAACCAGCUUUCAUUCACAAGACACUUUACGAGUCAGGCAGAAAGCAAGGUUGGCUUUGUCCUAGCUCUGAGCUACUGCAGAAGCUGCAGCGUGAACCUGUUGGCGGUCUUAUCGCCAAGAGACUCCCUAUGGUGAUAGAGCCAAAGCCAUGGACAAACUUUAGCAAAGGUGGCUAUCUCAACUACCCCACGCCGGUAAUCCGUUUCAGCGGAGCAGACAGUGUACCUCGCGACUAUGCAUACGCUGCCAUCCAACGAGGAGAUCUCGACAAGGUGUUUGAAGCUCUCAAUGUCCUUGGUCAGGUGCCAUGGAAAAUCAACGAGCAUGUGCUUCGUGUACAGAUUGAGGCGUGGAACAGUGGCGAGCCCAUUGCCAAUUUUGCGCCUCUGGACCCCAAGAUCGACGCUCCUGCUGAGCCGACGAACAGGUUGGAUGGUAAUGCGCGCCGUGCCUGGUUGAUAGCUACAAAGGAAGCCGAGAACACCAAGAGUGGUUACCAUUCUCAAAGAUGUUUCCAAAACUUCCAACUUGAAAUCGCGAGAGCGUUCAGCAGGGAGAAGCUUUACUUUCCCCACAACAUCGAUUUCCGUGGUAGAGCUUACCCUAUUCCUCCUUACCUCAAUCAUAUGGGUGCCGACAAUGCGCGUGCUCUCAUGACUUUCGCUAAUGGAAAAGAAUUGGGUGAAGUCGGUCUGAGAUGGCUCAAGAUUCACCUGGCUAACGUCUAUGGGUUCGAUAAGGCCAGUCUUUCGGAGAGAGAGCAAUUCGCUAUGGAUCACAUGGAUGAUGUCCGCGACUCUGUGGCCAAUCCUUUGGGUGGCAGAAGAUGGUGGCUCGAAUCUGAGGAUGCAUGGCAGACUUUGGCUGCUUGCUACGAGUUGAAGGCGGCCAUGGAUCAGGAAGAUCCUACCAAGUACAUAUCUUACCUUCCGGUACAUCAAGAUGGUACUUGUAACGGUCUUCAGCAUUACGCUGCACUCGGUGGUGAUUCUGUCGGUGCUCGUCAAGUCAACCUGGAACCUGGAGACAGACCAUCUGACGUUUACACCGCUGUUGCCGAGGGAGUCAAGGCAGAAGUUGAGAAAGACAAUGCUGCGGGUCAUCCAGUGGCUCAAUUUCUCCACGGCAAGAUUACCCGCAAGGUCGUCAAGCAGCCAGUCAUGACCAAUGUGUACGGUGUGACUUACUAUGGCGCCAGAGCACAAGUCAAGAAGCAGCUCGAGGAAAUCUUUCCCCAUCCUCUUGACGCUGGUUUGGACCAUCUCACACUGGCAUCUUACGUCGCCAAGAAGAUCUUCAAGUCUCUGGGAGAGAUGUUCAAGGGUGCGCAGGCCAUUCAGACUUGGUUGGGUGAUUGCGCCGAUCGCAUCUCUACCUGUGUCACACCUGAGCAAAUCGCAUCCAUUUCAAAGGACAAUGCAGAAGGUCGAUCCGUGGUCCCUGAAACCGCCACAGUCAAGACAAACGGCGGCAAGACAAAAGCAGCAUCUACUCAACGUGUCGCAGCAGGGAAACAACUGUUCCGCAGCUCCGUCAUCUGGACCACGCCUCUCCGCCUCCCAGUUGUUCAACCCUACCGUUCCUCCAAACGCCGUAUCGUAAGGACACAUCUCCAAAACAUCGCACUGCAAGAACCUACCUCUGUGGAUCCUGUGAGUAAGCGUAAGCAAUUACAAGGCUUCCCUCCCAACUUCAUCCAUUCCCUGGAUGCAACACACAUGAUGCUCUCAGCCAUCAAAUGCAACGAAAACAACAUUGCCUUUGCCAGUAUCCACGACUCCUUCUGGACCCACGCCUGCGACAUAAAUUCCCUCUCUGCAGUCUUGCGUGACGCCUUUGUCGCCAUGCACACUGAAGAUGUAGUCGGCCGCUUACGUCAAGAGUUCAUCGCCAGAUAUAAAGAUUGCAUGUACCUAGCCGCCGUCGACAUCCGCACCCCCGUAGGCAAAAAAAUCCUCGCCGUUCAAAAAGCUCGACCCAGACCUAAAGGCAAGCAGUUGCAACCUGCACUGAUUGUGCAUCUUCUUGAAGAAGUUGAACGUUUGCGAUUGCUGAAUAGUGAUGAUGCAGAAGAGGUUGCGAGGGGAGAGGAAAUGGUUACUUCUGGAUCGGUGUUUGCGUCUGAAGCUGAUGCGGAAGAUGCGCUUACUAUCCCUACUGAGAUUGUCAAUGCGAGGUUGGGAGAAAUUCCCGAUGUGGGUGAGUUGGCUGAGCAGGAGGCUGAUACCACGGAGCCCGUGCUUGCGGAUCAUGAUGACUUUGAUCCCACAGCAGAUGAUAAAGUUGCAAAAGCCGCCGAAGAUGCCGAGGAGGGUAUCGAAGUUGCUGAGGGCAUCGAAGGUGCAGAUGGUGGUGAAAAUGUUCACGUGCCCACAAUCGAAGAACUAAAAGCAAAAACCAAACCGGCCAAAAAGGAAGUGGUGAGAAAGGUACAUGUAUGGUUACCGCUCAAGUUCCCAGAGGUGCCCGAGAAGGGCGACUUUGAUGUUACGAGGUUAAAGGAGAGUCAAUACUUCUUCCAUUAGAUAAGGCGAUGCAUUCUUGGAAGAUGAGGAAGAUGCAAGAAGAGCAAGAAGAUGGAAAGAGCUGAGGAUUUGUGUACAUAUCAUCACACGGAGUUUCUGUCGUUUUUUGGGGUUUUUUGCAUAUGGGCCAGGUGUUUUUUCUUCUUUUCAUUUCUCGCAUUGCAAGAAAACCGAAGUGAUUUUCGUUUUGCAUUUGGGAGCCACCGGUUAUUUUUUUGGAUCCCCUUUUCAGAAAUAUCUUAUAAUCCUGUAGAUACUGCUCUAUAUAUCAGCAUCGCCACUUUUUC